UUAUUUUAUUACUACUAUAUUGAUCAUAAAAAAUGUAAAUUAAUUUCUUUUAAGGUUUUUACAAGCAACUGUUAAUGGAAUUCAGCCAUCCCAACCUUCUAGUGUUAGAGUAUCUGCUGUCAGAGCAGUUUGGGGAUUUUGUGAACAUCUGAAGGCUUCACAACAAACUUCAAUUUUAAUUCCUUAUUUACCUCCAGUUAUGGAAGGACUAAUAAAUCUUGCAACUCAAUUUUCAUCUGAAGUUCUUGCAUUAGUUAUGGAAUCUAUUACUAUUGCUUUAUCAGUAGAUAAAGAUUUUAUGGCCAGCAUAGAAGAGAGGGUGUUAUCUUUAGCUAUAGCUGCUUUUCUUAAGCAUAAUAGUGAUCCUAUUUUAGUAUCUUUAUCUCAAGAUGUCUUCAAAGAGUUAGCACAAAAUGCUGUCUGUCAAAAUCUUUUGCAACAAAGAUUAGUUCCUACAUUGGUUUCCAUACUUCAUGCUCCUGUUGAUAAAAUACCUAUGGGAUUACAAGGAGUAGCAUUGGAUAUCUUACAAACUUUAGUAAGGAAUAGUUCCAGACCUCUUCCAGAACCAUUAUUAACAUCAGCAUUUCCUGCUGCUGUUCAUUGUAUUCUUCAUACAGAUGAUAAUACCACACUUCAAAAUGGUGGCGAGUGUUUACGUGCCUAUGUAUCAGUAUCAUUAGACCAAGUGGUUGCAUGGCAUGAUGACACUGGUUGCAGUGGUCUUAUUUAUGUUGUUCAGGUUGCUCAACAUUUGUUGGAUCCUAAAACAUCAGAAUCAUCAGCAGCAUAUGUUGGGCGAUUAGUUUCUACUCUCAUAUUUAAAGCUGGUGGAACAUUAGGAGAAAAUACAGAGUUGUUGUUAAGAGCUGUACUCAGUAAAAUGCAACAGACUGAAACAUUGACAGUUAUUCAGAGUCUCGUUAUGGUGUUUGCUCAUCUUGUUCAUCAUCAGAUGCCAGCUGUUUUAGAUUUUUUAUCAAGUGUUCCCGGUCCUACAGGUAAAUCGGCAUUGGAAUUUGUCUUAACGGAAUGGUGUUCCAGACAACAUCUGUUCUUUGGGGCUUAUGAAAAUAAAGUUAGCACAUUGGCUCUAUGUAAAUUGUUGGAACAUAGCAUUAAAACAAAUGAUCGUCGUCUUACAGAAGUUAACGUUAAAGGAGAUCAAAUUAUUGAUUUAGAAGAGGGAAUUAAAACACGUACAAAAAGCGCACAGAAACCACCAAAGUGGACUGAAAUUCCUGUAGUAAUAAAAAUUUAUAAGUUAUUAAUCAAUGAAUUAUCUAAUAGCAUGGAACAGGCCAUGACUCAACAGGAUGAUGAUUAUUCUGAUAUGGAGAAUUGGGAUGAGGAUGAGGAUGAGUCAAUCGAUAUGAAAGAAAAUGAUUCAUCAUCCAUGUCACGUAUUAUGUCUCAGUAUGUUCCUGCAGCAAAUUUUUCAGGUUAUGAUAUCGAGACGGAGGAUUGUGACGAUGAAGAUCCGGAUGCAAUAUCCGAUCCGCUGUAUCACAUUAAUAUGCAAAACUUUCUGACUCAGUUUCUGCACACUCUGUCUCAGCAAUCAUGUUACAACACAUUUAUGCAACAUCACACACCACAAGAGAAACAAGUUUUAUCAUCUAUCGGUAUCAGUAUUUAGAAAAAGUUAACAUUCCAGUUCCGAUUGAUGCAAAAGAGUAACUUUAAUUGUACAUGAUGUACAGGGUGAUUUUUUUUGCCAAUACUUUUUACACUCUUAGCCAACAAAUUUUACAUGCUUCUGGAUAUGCAAACGUCUCUAGCGGUAUGGCUGAUGUUGUCCGGAGGCAAAGCGAGGGGAAAAAGAAAAUUAUUUGGAUAAAACUCUCCCAUAUCUUUUUUGCAACCAGGAAAAAGUGCUACUUUUAUAAUGUUUGCUAUUACUGCAGAAAUUAUAAUUUUCUAUAAAUGUUUGUAAUUACGACUGCACUAAUAUAUAAUAGGAGUCACAAAAGCGAAAUUCCUGCUAUAUAUAAAUAUAUAAUUGUUGCUUAUUUUACACGAAAACCAAAAUAGCAGUAUUAGUAACUCUGUUUGGACUUUUAUGCAAACUAAAAAACUAUUAUACAUUAAAAAGUAAGCAACAAACGUUUCUAUAUUCCAAGUAGCAAAAGUACUCAAAAGGAAUAUAUCAUGUAAAAAUUUGACAGUUUUUUGAAAAUAAACAUUUGAUUUGUAUUUAAA